AUGGAGGGCGCUGCGUUGCCGGCAGCGCCGAAGGUGUGCCGGCGCUGUCGCGUCGAGAAAAAUAUCGACCAGUUUUACGAUCGUCGUGGCAAUGGCAGGCUUGUGUUAAACUGCCUGGAGUGCCGGGAUCGGCUUGCGGGAGCUAGAGCUGCAUCGACGGCCGCCAUCUCAGCUAUGAGCGCGAUCGGACGUGGUGAGAGCGCUGCCCUCUCUCUGCCCGACCCAGUACAUCUUGCACCGCGGCAAAACCUCACCCAUCGGGUACUUGCCAGUAUGUACCAUGAGGGUGGACGUCUGGAUACGGACACGCCGGAGAUGGCGGCUGCUCGCGGCCAGGUUUCAGCCAUCCGGCGACAGCAUCGCGUCCAGCGCCGUCAGGGCGAAGAGCCCUCCCAGACCCCCACCAUGAGUGGUCUGCUUCGUCAACAACAGCCGGCGGAUGCCGAGGAUGGCCCCGCCUCUGCCCAGCAGAGGGAUGAUGCACCGAGCGCCGUGAGAGACGACGAGGACAAUCCGCAGGCCACCCAACCACAGCUCCCCCGCGCUGGGCGGAUUCCUGCACGCCGUCGUCCCCCUCCCAGUUCUCCGCCACGGUCUCAUGGUCGUCAGCGUGGACGGCCACGACUUUCACGCAACCCGCUCAUGGCGGAUGGUGUUUGCAAGCGCUGUCAUGACAAAGAUGACAAGAAGCGGCAGGACGAACCUUUUCUCCUCUCCGCAGAGAACAAGCUUGAUUUUGGUGCCGUCCCACCCGAGUUGCCCCAACUAGAGCCGCUGGAGGAGCUUUGCAUUGCGCGUGUGCACGUCAGCGUCAAUGUCUUCACGGUAUACGAUGCUUCGCUGCGAGAGAGUGUACUAGCUAAUCAGCGUCAGGUUCGUGGGCAGCAAUACAAGUAUCGCGGGCAUGUUGUACACUUUUUGCGCGACGUGGGCAAGGUGUACUCAGAGCUUCCCUUGCUGCCCAAGGAUUUGGACAUUGUCAUCCUCCGACCGCGUGGAUCCGAAGCGGUCGAACAGAUGGAUCGACAAUUCCGCAACCGCUUCCGAGUCCGCCGAGCAGCAGUCGAGACAUGGCUCAGAUUCCUCGCCAACAACCACCUUGGCUACAGAAAUUUCACCUGGAACUACGACAACCUCUCCCAGUUGCCAGAGGACGGUGACGUCUUUGACCAGCUGAAUAUCCACGAGGUCGCCGAGUCUGGAGGUUUGCCUGCAGAUUCUGGCCCUGUUGAAGAACCGGAAGAGGACAGAGAGGUUGUUGACGAAGCCGCAGUGCCCAAUAUGCUAAUCCAUGAUUCGGAAUUGAACCAGCUUCAAGGGCGAGUCAAGGAUGGGGCUACUGAGGUCAAUGAGCAAGUGCCCCUAGAGUCAGCCGACCCCCAGGCUGCUCACCAGCUGCAGAUGCCUUCCAUCCGGCGCACUCCCCUCGAUGAGUUCAACCAAAAGCAUGCGCUGCUCUCUCUCGCCUGCCCGACCCUGUUCCCUCGGGGAGUUGCGGAUUUUGAUGGCCGAUUUGCCAAACACCACAGCUUCCGAUUUAUCGCGCUAAACACUCUGAUGAGGCAGCAGGCGAGGGGUCAUAGCCGAUUCUACGUCAGCAAGAACCACCGAACGCCUCUUACGAAGGAGGCGCUGCAGGAGGCGCUUGCUGAUCCGGACACGCCAGAGGCCCAGGCCAUCCUCAACCGGAUCUCUCGCUAUGCUAGUGUCAUCAAAGGCACACGUCCCUUUUGGUACCGCCGACGUCGCGAGUGCGAGUCUUUUGCGCACUGUCUUGGUGUCCCCUCUGCUUUCAUCACACUGAGCCCAGCCGACCUGCACUGGCAGAGCCUCUACCGGCACAUGCCCGAGUACGAGGAGUGGAAGGCGCUUGAUGAGCCGAGACGCAUGGCCAAGUCCCGCCGGCUGUUGCGGGAGAACCCGCAUAUCGCGGCCUGGCACUUCCACUCGCGGAACUCGCUUUGCAGGAAGAUUGUGCUGAAGAAAAAGUCCAACGUGGCCGACUUUUGGUACCGGUAUGAGUGGCAAGGCCGCGGCAGUAGUCAUUCUCAUGGGCUCUACUGGUUCCAUGGGAGCCCUGCUCCUGAUAUGGCAACCCCCGAGGCGAGAGAGCGCUUCGCAAGGAUCUGGGGAUAUCACGUUACAGCAGUCAGUCCGCAGCAAGAGCAGGGCGCUGACGAGGGUAACCCUCUGUCUGUUGACCCUCUGGAGACGCCCGUUACCUGGGAGUGGCUGAACAGAAUCGUCAACCGCUGUCAGCGACACCAUUGCUCGUCGACCUACUGUCUGCGGGUGACGAAGGAAGAUGCCCAACGGGCCAGAGAGGCGGCCGGGGAGAUUGUCGGUGAAGAACGGCCGGCGCCAGAGCCCACGUGUCGGUUUCUCUUCCCCCGGCCUGUACGGGGGGCGGCCGAGGUCAUCGAGAUGGCCGGAAAGGGCUGGUGGUCGUUCGAAGCCGAGCGCAACGAUACCCACCUGAACCAGUACAACCCACUUCUCUCUCUUUGCUGGCUGGCCAAUACGGACUGCUCACCCUGCACGAGUGCGGAGGCUGUUAUCAACCAUGCUGCGAAGUAUUGCAGCAAGUCCGAGACCCAGACCAGCACAUAUGCGCAGAUUGCCCAGAGUAUCCUUCCCCACAUAUCAGACAACAACCCGAUGAUUUCUUUUGUGUCAAAGAUGAUGAAUAAACUAAUCGGAGAGAGGGACUACUCUGCGCAGGAGAUCUGUCAUAUCCUCCUGGGACUCCCUCUGCAAGAGGACAGCCGAGUGGUGCAGAGCGUUGACUGUAGGCCCCGCGAGAGACACGCUCGUGCAAUUGACAUCACGGCGGAUGGCGAUAUUGAAGAGUCUCGGACAGUCUACGAGAAGUAUCUCCGACGGCCCGAUCAUAUGGAGGAUGUCUCCUACUUCGAGUUCCUACAAAAUUGGAAUUUCAAGGCGCGGAAUCCGGUGAGAUGGGCGAUUUGGCAGGCUCCCGCACUGCCCAGGGUGUUGUACUAUUACCCCCGGUACAAGCCAGUUCGCUCACAUCAGCAGUACUCCGACUUCUGCCGGGUCAAGCUGCUGCUAAGCCAUCCCCACCGCCAGACGGAAGAUCUGUCCCAGGUUGAUGGUCGACAGUUCGACAACCACGCAUCUGCCUAUCGCUACUGCCUUGAGCAUCACGACCACCCGGAUGACCACUACGGCACGGUUGACGAGCCUGAUCCGUCUCCAGAUGAGGAGGAGUUUGAGCCAAAGGGGGACGCCGGGGACAUUACCCUUGAGGACUGGCAGGAGGUAGCGCGGUUGGUCCCCGACAUUGAGCUUCCCGAUGAACGGGCCGACUUGCUUGGCCGCCGGGACCUGGAUGUCAACUACGACUGGGCGCGACACAUCGGCCGCUAUUACCACGAGGAGGCGAAGAACGAGAACCGUCGGCCUCCGCCCCUCCGGCUGCAGAUCGAUGGAGGAGGUGGGACUGGCAAGUCGUAUAUGGUGAAGGUGAUAUCUUCUCACCUUCAAGCCAAGGCGGCUUUCUAUGGCCGGCCCUCCCCCAUCGUCAGAGCAGCUCCGACGGGCGUGGCGAGCAACCAGAUCGGGGGACAGACUCUGCAUUCCCUUCUGCGGCUCCCCGUCGACGGCAAUUACCGCUCGCUCUCCGAGACCCCGACGACCCUCAACGCCUUGCAGCGGCGGUUCAGGGGCAUCCACUACCUCGUGAUUGACGAGAAGAGCAUGCUCGGCCUCAAGACCCUCGCGUGGAUCGAUCAGCGCCUACGAGAGGUGUUCCCGGAGAAUCGCGACGAGUUCUUCGGCGGCCUCAGCGUCAUCCUGAUCGGGGACUUCUUCCAGCUUCCCCCCGUUCUGGACAAGCCGCUGUACUCAACGCGCGACGACCUGAAGGAUAUCGAGAUGGUCGGACGCAACGCGUACCUCUCGUUCGACAACUUUGCCGAUGCGCUUCGCAUCUAUCCCACCAAGGCCCAGGUCGUCGAGUACAACCACCAACACAUGCUUGGCCUGGACAGCCCCGCCAUUCAGGUCGAGGCAAAGCAUGAGGGUGUUGGUGCGGAGAAGGUUAAAUCCUCAAAUGCCGGCAACCUGGCCAAGCGCUUGCCCUUGUGUGUUGGUUGCAGGGUGAUACUAACGCGGAAUUUGUGGGCCGACGUCGGGCUCGUCAACGGCGCACAGGGCACAGUCUACGACAUAUCCUGGAAAGAAGGUGCCGACGUGCUGCGAGACCCGCCCGAGCCGCUCCUUAGCGGAGAGAAGCUGGCUGUUCCCAUCCUCCGAGUGCGGCAGGACUUCAUGGUCGGCGCCAACUCAUGUUCGAGAGACCAGUUCCCGCUGUGGGUCAGCUAUGCGAUCACCGUCCACAAGUCACAGGGCAUCACCCUGGACAAGGUCGCCUGCGAUAUCUCUGCGCCAGAGUUUGCUUCUGGCCUCUCCUACGUGGCCGUUUCGCGGGUGAAGACACUCGGCGGGCUGAUGUUUGAGCGGCCCUUCGACCGCAGCAGGAUCUACCGCGAGACACCAUCACGAGCUAUGGGGUUGAAGUUGUCCGAUCACGCUACCAGGCAACUGCAGGCGUCAGAUGCUGUGGCGGUGGGUUUAUAA